UCUCACUUGACGAGUAAGGCCGCGGCGUAUCACAAGUGACCUGAUCUGAAUAUUCUUCCCCGUACCGGUGGAAGGGCAAAGAUGGGGUUGUCAGCGAGUCAGAUACCUGAACCUCCCAAGAAAGACCUGCCCUUGUGGGAUGUGAAGCUGGGAGAACUGCCCAAAUGGGUGGGGCGGAGAGACAUCUCACCUACAGGGGUGUACUUCGCCUUUAAAAGAGCUGAGUUGAAGUUCCACAACAAGUACGUCCACGUGAGGCGUGGUGGCAUCGCGCCGUACGCCAUGAUGCUGACUGGAUACUGCAUCCUCAGCUACAUCUGGUCCUACGAUCACCUCAAGCAUGAUAUGAUGAGAAAGCAUCACUAACAACAGAAGACAGUAGCAGAUGAAUUUAGAGGAACUUUCACUUCCAGAGGAACUUUCACAUCCAACAUUACCAGUCAGCUUGUCCAGCUAGAUAUUUCCCUUGUAUGAGAGAAUUCAGUUGUAACAUGUUCUUGUGUGGAAAGGGAUCAUCAUUAAACUAAAUAUACAAACCCUGAGAA